AUAAUCUCUGAUCUAAAAUUAGUAUCAAGGGACGUGAUGCUGGAAGUAAAGGAUAAUUUGCACAAAUAAAUAAACUAGCACGAGAGGAGAUGGAUUCCAUCCAUAACUUAUUCAGGGUUUUUCUGCCCAAAUAUUUAAGAAGUCUACCUAUUCCAAAAACAGCAGCAGGGUAUGCAAGUUUAUCCGGUAAGCAAUUUGUUCUCUAAUUAUAAUAGGCUAAUUUGUGUCAAUGCACGAAUUCGGCCGCCGACAAACUUGUGUCAUCUAAAUUAUCUUUUAUUAGUGCGGUAGUGUCACUUACAGUAAGCAAGUACUACUAUAUGUAGUCAUCAGUAAGGCAAGAGUUGUAAGUUAUUAAAGUUAUAAGUUAUAUAUAUUUUUUUUUUCUGCUGUCCGUCACAAUGUGACGAUGGUGAAGACUUCGCAGGACGAAAUCCACAAGGUCACAAAAGCCUGGGAUUAAUCUACUAAUUCUAGGAUUAUAAGCUGGUGCCAAACAGCAAAUCACCCCGCUGGAUAACCCAAGGGAACAUCUUGUGGAUGAUACAGCUUGGCACCAGUGGCGUCGCAGGAGAUGUUGGAAUGUUUCAUUGUACCAUCUCCGGGUUUUGAAAAUUGAAGUUUCCUUCUCUUAGAUGAGUUGCCAUCCAAGGUUAACGAGUCCCAUCCACCCGGGAAGCUGAUGAUAUUUUUGCUUGACUGGGCGUUGGCUGGAAUGGAACUACAGACCACCAACUAUGUAUAAAUUAUAAUUAUAAAUUAUAUAUAUAUAAAUUAUAUAUAUAUAUUGUUCGUCCGUCGAGGACCGACGGGGACCAUCGAGUCGUCUGGUGACUGAUGACUUGCGCGGGUGACUUUGUUUAGAGUGAAGAAGAGUUGCGUGGCGUCUACCUCACGCUCUCGUCCGAGCCCACCAUAUCCAGUGGCAAGACUCUACAUCAAGACGACCAGGGAUGGGUUCCGUUGCAGGAAUGUGUCAUUGUUUGCGCCUUACGGGACUCCAACUCAGGGUUUGAAUUCAGAGUUUCCUUCUCUUAGAUGAGUUGCCGACCAAGGUUAACGAGUCUCAUCCACCCGGGGUGAUGUUUUUGCUUUGGCUGGACUUGAACACCAGACCACCAACUUGAGGUUUUGCUCAGUUUAGACCAUUUGGCCACCCAGUCACCCAAUUAUAAAUUAUACAAAUUCGGUUGUUCCACUUAAAAAUCAAAAUUUAAAAAAUCAAUAUUUCAUACUCUGAGUCAAUAGAUUCAUAGCAUAAUGAUAAUAAGCCUUCAUGUGGGUGCAGUAGACCUAAAAAAUUUCAGGGGCUCAAAAGUUUUGAUGUGGAAAAAAAAGAGGAAAACUAUCAACAACUAAGUUAACUAAGUUAACUAAGUUAGUCUUAGUCUAACCGAAAAGUGUGGGGGGGGGGGGGGGGGCUUCCAAAGUCACACUUUCUGCUCUGAUAAUAGUGUUAGUUGGUUAGGUGUUUGUUUUUUAAUCCAUAAUUUCAUGCUCUGACUCUGAAAUAUUUUAAAAUAAUAUGCAAAUUACCUCAAAAUGACAUAGUUAACAUGUUGACAUAGUCAUGAUAAGUGUUAGCCUAACCAGAGCCAGAGGUUAUAAUAUGGAAAUAAUUAUGAAGGACUCUUACUAUCAAGAUUAAAUAAAUAUAAGGCAUGGCUUAGCUACUACUAGUAGGCCUGCUACCCAGGAUUCAUCAACAUUGUGAAGGUUAUAAAAAUAGAAAUUGAUCAAUAAGUGGGUCUGCCAGAGUGUGAUGAUGCUGACUGUUGACAGCUACAUUAUUAAUCAGCUUGCCUUAGAGAAGGGUGUGGCGUAUCAUGUCAUAUGAUUCAAUUACCAAUUAACAAUGCUAAUAGUAUAGUUACAAUAUGCACAAUAGUCUAAUCUGCUUCUGCUAUAUAAAGCUCAGUCACAGAGUUAGUGUGACUAAGUCUAUGUUUGUUUGUCGAUGGGUUGAUCAAUCACAAGAAAACCAAACAAUGGAUCGCUACCAAAUUUGACAUGGUCAUUCCUCCUGACCUAUAGAUAGUUCCUCGAAAGUUAGGUCAUAAUCCCCUUAUCCCAAAGCUGUAAUUAAAAGAAAUCUUAAAAUGUGGAGGGUAAAGAUUUUUAAAAAUAUAAAGAAAUCAAGAGCUUUGAAGGAAAUUCAAGUAAAGUUAUUUUUGGUGUACAUGUUUUUAAUGAGCCCUUAUACUGAACAGUAGGCUUUCAAAAUCUAUUACAGGAAUGUUUUUGGUGCGCUUUUGCUUGGUACAAACAUAAUUUAAUAAAGCUUUAUUUUAUGUGUUUUUUUAAAAUAGUACAAAAGAAUUAUCACAUAGUUCAGGGUUGUGCAUAAACAGUGUUUUGGGGUACCAAGAGCUUUACUAUCAUGAACGCUCUUUUAUUUAUUUUUAUGUAUUUUUAUUACCAAAGCUUUGUAUAAUACAGUCCAACCCACUUAUCUCGACCUCGGUUAACUCGUCAACGCUAUUGGCGUUUUUGAAAUGGAACCACCAAAUUCUCUCUUUGUCUUAGCAUUUUCUCAUCGGUUAUGUUGAUUCUUUAAUGUCCCUAAUAUAUCAAGCUCAAAAAGGGGCCGAAUUUGCUACUGAACGUCGGUUAUCUCGAUCCCCAUGACCAUUUGUCGGCUUUUGAACCCUGCAAGAAGAAAUAGCAAACAAGAAAUAAACAAUUUUUGCAUAAUAAAAAUAAUUAUUUAUUUCCCAAUGAAAGAUAUCUGCUGCAAGCGCUUUGAGUCUGAUGAAAACAUUCAUGUUGUAAUGAUCACCCUUCUCAUUGCACAGACUAUAAUAAGCUCAUUGUCACUCCUUUAUGAAGACAAAGGAAACUAGAUCUCCAUAUCACCCCGUGACCUACCAGCAUUCACCGGUCACGGGUUUAUGGUCUGUUUCUCGAUUUCAAAAAAUCUAACGGGGCGCGCUGCUUAGUGAAGUACCUAAUAUAAUAGACCUAUUUUUUAAAUAUAACAGACCUAUUUUUUAAAUAUAACUUACAUUUUCAUAACAUUUGUUAAUAGAAAGAAGGGCCGAAACAAAUUGUUCUAACUUGAAGACUAAAAUGAGUACUUCACAAAUGAAGUAUUUAUAAUAUUAAUAUUCCAAUCAUAUACAGGAUACAGUCUCGUCAGUCAGUCUUAUAUAAAGUAACCUAGAACUAGUCUAGGCCUAAAACAUAUUAGGCUUAGGCCCUAUAGCCUAUUAAUUUUUAUUGACUUAAAUUAUUAAAUUAGGUAUAACCUAAAAUUUAGGCUUAAUUUUGUGUUUUAGAAUCAUUCUUAUUUCUUAACGCACAUCAUGUACAUAAAGAAAUUUCAAGAAUAUGUUUAUAUAUCGCUGCCAUAUUGGAUUUUAGUUUAUCUCGAUCAUCGUUUAUCUCGAUUCUUUUUGGCAAACCCCUUGGCCGGCGACAUAACCGGGCUCUACUGUAGCUACUUGGGUGGAAAGGCGAUUUGUACGUUUGUGAUUUAACCCUAAAUCAGCAUUAAUUAACACUAUGUCCCUGAAUGGUUGGGUGAGUUUUAUUAAGAUAGCAAUGUCUCAAAGGCAUCAUUAGUUAGAAACGGAACAAUUUAAGGCCGUAGUAGAUUUCACAUUUUAAAUUAAAUUAUUUCCAUGUUUUACAUUCAGUAUAAGCUUCUUGAAUUCAAAUGCAAUAAGUUGGUCUAGAGAUUUUUUGCUUGACAUAAGAUAAUUACUAAGUAGUGUUAAAGUUGUCAUAAUAUGUUUCUGUAAGACUCUAUGGAUUUCCUCAAAUUUUAACAUCUGAAUGAGUGUAGGUUCUACAAUGUAUUUUCGUUAUAAUAACCAAAGCUAAAGGCCUAUACAAAGGUUUAGGGUACAAUGAAAGCUCCUAUGCAAAUUGUUGCAUUUAGACUAAACUUGGUAAAAAUAUUUUUCAUGAUUCCUUUUAAAAUGUUGCUUCUUAAAGGUAUUUUCCUAAUAAUAGCCAAAGACAUACAAGAAGCCUUAUGUUAAAAUGUUAGCUUCUAAAUAAAUUGUUGCAUCUCGACCAAACUUAGUAAACAUACAUUUCAUAAUCCCUUGUAAAAUAAUAAAUUACCUACAGUGUGAUGCCCAAAUUUAUUUUAAUUAAACUAUUUAUCUUUCACAUUUUUUAACCAAUUUUAAUGGGGCAAUUUUUAAAAUAAAGUUUGUUUGUUAUCCAACAAAAAAUACUCUCUGCUGUAAAAUAUUAAAUAUUAAGUUCUUUUGGCACUGGGGGCCAAAAUCAUAAAAGUUUAAAAAGCAACAUAUUUGCAAAUUGCUUCUGAUUUUAAUGGGAUACAUUGGAAAAAUUAACUUGAAUAUUUGUCUAAAUGAUUUGUAUUUCCCCUUAUUUUAGGGUUAACUAUAAUGGCCUCUUUUGAUUGAGGAUCCUAUUUCAUUUAAAUUGAUUAACGGCCAGGGCUUUGGCAUUGGUUAAUUUUUUUUUUUUUAAACAUCUUUUAAAAGUUAGAUUUGAUCUUUAAAUCCAGCUUGAAUAUUAACUGAAAGGAGCUGGGCCCAAAAAUCAAUGUUUUCAAGUGUUAGUUUAAAUCUUGCUUUUUAUAGAAGAAAUUUUUUAAUUGGUAUUUUGCAAAUUGUUUUUGACAGGUCCCUAAAUUUAUGUGUACGCUUAUAACAUUUUAGACUACGGAAGGUUUUUUCCCCCAAAAAUAAACCCAAGCAAAGAUUCGCUGCUUAAUGCAACCAUAUUCUUUUAAUAAAUGGAAAUAAACAUUGUACCAUUUUAAUAAACUGCAGUUCAUUGAAUUUUAAUAAACUACAGUUAAUGGAAUUGUAUAUGGUGGGUGCAGUUUAUUACAAGUAUGACAUAGUUCAGUGGCUUGCUUAAAGGGUGCUUUGGCAUGCUUAGGGGUAUACCAACUUAGGAGUUCUGUUUUUAAUUUUUUUUGUCUCUUAUAAUAUGUAUGUGUUGGGAAGUGAGAGUCACAAGUUUGAGAUUUAGCCUCAAAAAGCAAGUAUUAAAAAAUGUGGGUUGGUGCAUUAUUUGUAAAAAUGCAACACUUUCAGUCCAUACAAGAUUACAUCUUUUUAAUUAAAUUAUUUAAAUACCAGACAAAAUAAAUUUCUCUCUCAAUUUUACUACUGAAAUCUGAUAAUCACACAGUAGGAUUAGUAUCAAGCCUGGGUUCUCAAUAAUUAAAAUAGUCACCUGCAAGAUGAGAUGUUAAAUGCAGCAGCUGGCAAAACAAAAACGGAAAACACGUUUGGAACCAGGAAAUUAACCAAAUGGUUGGUGCCAUCCCAAUCAGCCAGUGUAUGCUGAACAACAAAUUAAUUAGUUUAGAUAACCUUGUCGGAAUGCCAGUCAACCACCCUGCAUUGCAAAUGUACAAUGGCAGGCACUCUGAUUUCAGGAAUAUUAACUGAAACUGGGUGGGCCCUAAAUUCAAAUGUUGACAAGAAUCUGGCCUUUUAAAAGAGCAAAUUUUAAUUUUAUUAGUUACUUUAAUGAAGCGUUUUUGACUACGUGUUCUCUCAUAACAAUGUAUGCGAUUUUUUUAUUUUUUUUCAAAUACAAACCCAAGAAAAGCCAGGUAUAUUGGCUAUUACUGAUACAAAAUAUACAUUUCAGAUACAACCCAUAUGGCUUAGCCUUUGGACAGUGGGUCCAAAAAAUUGUCAUUUAAGGAUGGCCCCUAAGUAGAUGACAUAGCCUAGUAGUCCACUGUUUUUUUAAAAAUAACUUUUUAUUCUAUCAGUAAAGAUUAGUGGAUGAAUUUACCUACAACAAAAUAAAAAUCAUAUUGAGCUUUUAUGCAGAUAUUAAAGUGUCACCAUUUUUAAAAUAAAAAUUAACAUUUAAAAUAAUUAAUUGCUUUAAGUACCUUAAUGUUGAAUAUUUUUUAAAUAUUUUAAAAUGAAAAAAAAUCACAUUGGAGUCCGAUAAAUAAUUGCAAUAAAUAUUUAAGUUACUAAAUUCAGGCUUUGGUUUUGAUGUUAAUAAGUUAACCUUUUAAAAUUAUUUCACAGGUGAAGAUUGGCUCAACUUAAGUCCCGUUUUUCUGACUUCAAUUAUAUUUGUCUAUGCACUAUUUCAAACUUUGUGUAAUCGUAGAAAAAAGAUUCCUAAACCAAAGGUAUGAUUAUAUAAUUCUUAACAUUUAUUAUAUGUAGUUUAGGAGUAAAAAAGUGUAGCACAUGUUGAUGUUUUCUUUUUUGUUAUGAAAAAAAGAGAAAAAUUAAAAUUGUAGAAAAAUAUGUUAAAUUUAAAUUGUUACAACUUGAUAAUAAUGUAAAUCAAAAUGGAUAGGUUUUAAAGCCUUUAGUUAGCAACAUGCAACAAGAAUGUCACUAUUUUUCAUCUCUCUACAUUUGUGACCAAAACUCUUAUAAUAUAAUUACCAAUUAGUGUUUGUGUAGUCUGUGUCUGCACUAAGGUACUCCUUUGUAUUUGUAUGUCCAUUCAUUCAUUGUUGCCUAUAUAUACAUUUAAAAAAUGCUAUAUUGCCAAACCCUGUAAAUGUUGUAAGCUAACAACUUGAAUAUUUUUUUUUUUUUUUAAAUUUAAUGUCAAGAAGAGGAAAUAAAUUUAUUAUUUAUCGACAUGCUUUAUUAAAAUUGAAAUGAAAUUAUUUGAUUUACACUUUUAUUUUUUGCAUUUUUUGUGUUGAAAUUUAUGUUACAUUUUAUUAACAAUGAAUAUAUGAAUAAUACAUCUGUUUGGACAUAGCUAUAACUAUACUUUUUAUUAGUGACAAAAAAAAUGUAUCAAUUUUUAACUGCAUAUUAUAGUCUACACUGUUCAAAAUAGUUCUGUUAACAAUUGAUUAUAUCUGUGUACCUUUGUGCAGGUCAAUUAUACCAUCCAGAAGGAAGAUACUAAGGUUGUCACUCAGUUUGAUAUUGAAGAUCUUGGUGACAAGAUUGCAUUCUGUCGAUGCUGGAGGUCAAAGAAGGUGCGUUUUUACCUCUACUCUUUCAUUUGUUUUAAAAAUUCUUUAAUUUAAAAAAAAAUAAUGUUUACAGGCAGAAAGUCCUCAGCUGAAAAAUUAUCCUUCUAAACUGAUAGACACAGACAAAAUAAACAUAGAACAAGCACUUACUUCUUGCCAUUGAUUUCAACUAAGAAGAGAAAUUGUUUAGAAUUAAUGAAGUGAUUUUUUUUUUUUUCAAUUCCCAAUACAUUUAAUUUUCUUGCAAAUUUUGCAAACUCUUUAAAAUCAUAUCCCUAAUGUUAUAUACCGUACAUGGAAUAUAUACUUUUUUAAAAUAUGCCUAUAUUCAUACAAGUUAGCAUUGUAAUUAUAUUAAAAAAUCGUAAUGUGUGGCAUUAGAUAUAUUAAUUUAUAUGGAAUAUAUAAUUUUUUAAAAUAUGCCUAUAUUCAAACAAAUUAGCCUUAUUUAUAGUCAGAUAAUUUUAUAUAUUAAAAAAUUAUAAUGUGUACCAUUAGAAUAUAUUAGUUUAUAUGUAAUCUUUGUCAGUUUCCAUUAUGUGACGGAUCACACAACCAACACAAUGCUGAAGCCAGGGACAACGUAGGUCCACUGCUUUUGAGGAGGGAUGCAGUGGAGGACAACUAGAGGUUUGUUUGAGGUUGAAACUUCCUCAAACAAACGUACAAAGUUUUGUUCAAUCCAAUGUUAUGCUUGUAUUAUUGUUACAUUGUUUUGUAGUAAACAUUUACAAAUAUAUCAUAAUUACUUAUGCAGAGAAUAGUUCCAUCUCUAUUUAGAACUUGAUAUAAUAUCUAGAUGAAAGUGGAUCUUUUCUUAAUUACUUAUUUAUUUAAAGGAGUCAUGUAAUCCCAUUCUGGUGAUGAAUAAACAAAAUUUGGCAAAUAUUGCCUUUUAAUUAUGCAAUUGUCAAAAUUAUGUGUACACCUACAUAAUGUGUAUGAUCCAGUUAAUGUAAGGACUUUUUGUAUGUGCAUUUAUUUGAGACUUAGAUUGCUGUUCUGAUAGAUUCCCACAUUAUGCUGAAAAAUCUUUUUCCUGACUUAAUAAAUUACAAAGGUCUGAUGGCUUACAUAAGUAAAAUAUGUAAACGCAGAUGCAAUAUAAAUAAAGAUGUUUUUGUUCCUAAUCAGAAUUUUAAGAAGCUGUCUUUCAGUUACAUACUACCUAUGUGUUUUAUAAUGCACACUUAUGGUCUCAAUUAGAGAUGGGAAUCGAAACGAACCUGAACCAAACACAUGGACCUCAAACCCUGCAGACCACUGAACAGAAACCGAAUCCUGCUGACUACGAAACCAGAACCAAACUUGAAAUUCUAUAUCACCAACCAGAAGAACCUAUUGCAAAAGUAUUAGAACAGACAAUGUUUUACAAAUGUGGCGCGUCACAACUUAUGCCAGAAAUCCUUAUAUUUUAAUUAAAACUAGAAAAUCCAAAUGCAAAAUGAUUUUUUUGUAAACCAAAAUGAUCUUUUUUUUAUCAUCUCCUACCCAGCUGUCCCCCACCAACACACCUUCGCACAUAGGAUUUAUUUAUAUUAAAGCCUGACAAAUUGAACAAAACUUUGUCGCUGACUCUUUUUCAUCAAUAAGUGUUCGCGACUUAAAUCGUUAAAAAACAGAAACGAUUAGUUAUUUAUCAAUCAUAAAAUGGUUUAUACCUAGAUCAGCGUUACCCAAAUCAUCCGCAUGCCUUACGUUUUCAGUCUGCAUAACUUGAAUAUUUAUGGUGAAAUAAAAUAAUAUACAUAAUAAAUCCGGCACCGGUUGCAAUUUCAUGUCUUGUCCACCAGUCUGGCAAACUAAAAGCAAAAAAAGAUGAUAUGAAAUGUGCCUUGGUGGAGAGGGGGGAGUAUGCCUGACUAGAACGAUGCUUCUACAAGAUGGACCACAAACAAUGAUGCAUUGCAAUGGAAAAAAGAAAUGAUGAAAGAUAAUAGAAAGCGUCAUCUGCCUUUAUUGUUAUAGUAUGUGUUCUUACAGUAAAAACCUGGGGGGAAAAAAAUGUAUUUCCAAAACCGAUAUACGGUUUGCCAUAAAAAAUGGUAUUACAUUACAUCCCUAGUUAUACUGAACCGAACGCAAACUUAAAUUGUUAACGAAUCAAUCUGAACCUCAACUUCCAAAAGUGGGAUCGAUUCCCAACUGUAGUCUCAAUCUUAAUGUAGCAAGAUAAUUUUAUCAAGAGCUCAUUCAGUGUUCAUAUCUUUAUCAUAGUUUUAUUUUGCAUUUAAUUUAUAACAGUGUAAACAUGCACUGUAGUAUAUCAAACACCAUCCUGGAUGUAUUUCAUUGCUCUGGAAAUGUCAAGAGUUUAUUUUUAGAGUGAUUUAAUAAUUAAGUCAGGGAUCUGGUUCACAGCUUGCAUUAUGGAUUGAGUUGUAUUACCAUGAAUCAUUAUGUUUUAAUAUUUCAUAACACAUUCCUAGACUUCAGAAAGAAAAACACUACACGUUAGAUCCCUAGUUUUGUUGUUGACAGUUUAACCAGUGCCAUUGCUUGCUUUAUAGAUCUGUGUAAGAUGAUGCCCCAUGUCAACAUUGUGACCUUGCCUUCAUGCAUAUAUUAUUUUUCUCUUUCACCAUGGGAAAUCUCAUCAUUUUGUACCAAUAUUAUAGCAAGGAUUGUAUUUAGAUGAACUUUUUAAAAAUCUUUUUCCAGAUGAUUCUGCAAUUUCUUCAAUUUACACAAAUCUUAUAACCUAAGAAAAUUUUGUCCUAUGAAGAAAUUCUUUGGAGAUCUUCGUCAUUCUCAUAUUGCUGCAAUGACUUGUAAUGAUUCUGUAAUUUGGUUAUUUACAUUUCAAACCUGUUUUUAUUCAGUGACAACCAUCUUUGGAAGGAGUAAAUUAUAUCUGACUUUUCCAUGCAUUGAAUGCAAGGAAGCCAAUCUUUAAUUUCAACUUUGGAUUGAGAAACGAACAUUUUCUUUUGAUGACUCGAGAAAAACUUAACAUUCUUUUUUUUUCUUCUAAAGAAUUUUUUUUUGUAUUGGCAUCAAUUAUUUAAUUAAUUGUGUACAUCAUUGUGGAUUAGAUGGAGACUGACAUAAUUUGUUAGGGUAUCAUCCUACUCAUUCUUAUUUGAUACUCAAAGCUUUCUUUAAAAAAAAGAAAUUAUAUGUGCUUUUAUUUCUAUGUUACCUCACUUGUUGGAUGUUAUAUAAAACCAUUGAAAUGUUUAUUUAUUUUUUGUUUAAAAUUAACAAUUGACCAGGGGAACAAAUUUACUUUAAUUAAUUUGUGAUCAGUGAAAUGACAAAUGUUAUGUCCUUUGUAUAUUUUUUGUUUGGUUAACAUUCCAAAAACUUUGUGAAUGACUUAAAAGAGAAUACUUUAGAAAACUAAAUUAUAAACUUAAUUGGUGUAAAUUUUAAAGGUCUUGUCUCCAUUUGAGACAAUAUUUUAUUGUAAAAUAUACUGUGAUUGUAUUUGGUGCAAAGAUUUCGUGACACCGCCCUUAAUAAAGAAAUGUAUUGCUGUAAUCAAUUUAAUCUUUUACUACUUAUAGUUUUAUAUUGCCAAGCUUUCUACUUAAAUAUUUUUUAAUGACAAAUUAAAAAAAUAAAGAUGUUUUAAUAGUUUUCCAUUA